AUGCCAGAGGAUCCCGUGCAAAACGACAGUGAGAUCGGACAUGAAGACUCAAUCGUGAGCUUGGGUCACAAAGAUGACAAGGACACCUUGUCCCAUCAACCUCACCUGUCUCCCUCCACGUCCAGGCCCAAGGAGGUCUGGAAGAAAGGAGGGCGCUUGUUCUCCAUCCUGCUGGCUAUCCAUUUAGUGCUAUUAGCCUGCACCCUAGUGAGCAGUGGGGCCUUUGAGAAGAUCGCUGUGCAUGACUAUGACGUGUUCUCUCUGCUGCCUGUCAUGAUGCUGAUCGUCAUUAUCUGGAUAUUCUUCUACCUUGUUGGCACUUCCAAACGCCAGAAUGCCAUCCUCUACAAGGACUCCCAUGCAGGGCCUGUUUGGCUGAGAGGAGGCCUGGUCAUGUUUGCCAUUUUCAGCCUUGUGAUGGAUGUGUUUAAAAUUGGGUAUUACUCCAGCUUCGAGAACUGCCAGAUUGCCAUCAAAAUCAUCUACCCAGUUGUGCAGGCCAUCUUUGUGAUCAUCCAGACAUACUUUCUAUGGAUUUCCGCCAAACACUGUGUCCAAGUGCACCUGGAUGUCACCAGGUGUGGCUUGAUGCUGACUUUGACCACGAACCUGGCUGUGUGGAUGUCAGCAGUAACGGAUGAGUCUGUGCAUAAAUCACACUCAAAAUUCAACUCCACAACUGAGCAAAUGGGAACAUGGAUUAUGAAAGCUGGAAAAUCUUCCUCAGCAGAUAUCUGUAAAUGCAAAACCCAAAUCUGCGAGAUCUUCCAGAACGGCUAUUUUUGGUUGUACCCUUUCAAUAUAGAGUACAGUCUCUUUGCCUCUGCCAUGGUGUAUGUCAUGUGGAAGAAUGUUGGACGCCUCAUAGACGAUCACGCCCACCUUGUCCACCGCCUGAAGUUCAGGCUUUUCAGAAGGACCUUCUUUGUGGGGAUAGUUUUGGGGCUCGUCGUACUGGUGAGUGGGCUGGGGGUUCUCAUAGUGUAUGAAGUGCAAGUGAACACCCACAGUGAUGAGGAGAUAAAGAACCAAGCACUCAUCAUGUAUUACAUCUUCAACGUAGUCUGCCUAAGCCUGAUGUCUGCGGUCUGCAUUGGAGGCUCCAUCGUCUACAGGUUUGACAAGAGAGACAUGGACCGUCACAAGAACCCAACAAGAACUUUGGAUGUGGCCUUAUUAAUGGGGGCAGCCCUAGGACAGUAUGCCAUCUCCUAUUACUCCAUCGUGGCUGUUGUGGCCAGCACUUCAAGGGAUACCAAAAGUGCCCUCAACCUGACCUACUCGCUGCUGAUGAUCGCCCAGCAUACAUUCCAGAACAUCUUCAUCAUCGAAGGCCUUCAUCGGCAGCCCCCUGAAGACAGACACAAAACCAGUUCCCACCGGAAAGAUUUAUAUGGACUCACCUUUGUCAACAUCAACACUAUAUCCCUCCGGAUCCCCGAUGGUGGCAGCGUACUAGGAUCCACCCCACCCCCCACCCCAGGAGCAAUCCAAGCUUCUGAUGAAGUGCAGUCCAUAAGGACACCCAAAAAGGUGAACUGGAGGAGCAAAUUCUUGAGGGAGAUCUCCUUGUUCCUGCUACUGUCCAAUGUAAUUCUCUGGAUAAUGCCUGCGUUUGGCGCCCGGCCUCAGUUUGACAACAAGCAGGAGCUUGAAUUCUAUGGCCAGUCCAUGUGGUCUGCCAUUGUGGACAUCUGCUUGCCCUUCGGGAUCUUCUAUCGGAUGCAUGCAGUCGCCAGCUUGCUGGAGGUCUACAUCAUGUCCUAAAAGGGAAGACGAGAAACUGCUCUCUUGAGCCUCCUU